AUGGCUGAUAGAAUAGCACAACGAUUGCUCGCCCGGCUACGGCCGCCGGGUCGACAGGCAGCCUCGGCACGCAGGUCGCAUGCCCGCCUAUCCUCGUCAUCUUCGCGACUACCACCGCACGAGCGCAGCUUCCCGGCCUAUUUUGUGCGCGGCGGUACUUCCAACGGCCUCGUGAUCCGGGAGGAUGUUUUGCCUGCGUUUGACGAUGCCCGUGGCAGCAGACGUGGCAAUGCAGCAGCUGUAGCAGAUGCGAUGCGAGCUCGCGCGGCGGCGUGGACGCCUGUGCUCGUGCCGGCCAUGGGCUCGCCCGACCCGCAGCACGGCCGGCAGCUGGACGGCAUGGGCUCGGGCGUGUCUUCGACGUCAAAAAUCUGCGUGAUUGCGCCCCCGGCCAACGACGCCGAGCGUGCGGAUCGCGAUGUUAACUUUACCUUUGUCCAGGUGGGGAUCCGCGACGGGCGGCUGGACCUGGCAGGCAACUGCGGCAACAUGAUCAGCGCGGUGGGCCCUUUGGCCUUUGACCUGGGCUAUUGCGACACGACGACGACAGCUGACGACGACGGGUCGAAAGAAGGCGUCGUGCGCAUCUUCAACACCAACACCAGCAAGCUGAUCCGCUCGCGGUUCCGCGUGGCCGGCGAUCCGCCGCGGUUUUGUCCCGAUGGCGACUAUGCCAUGGACGGCGUGCCGGGCACACAUUCUCGCAUUACGAUGAGCUUUAUACGACCGGCGGGCGCCAAAACGGGUGCACAGAACGGGCUGCCGACGGGCCAGGCGGUGGAUAUGCUAUCGCGGCGGCCGGGUGCGGAGCCAUCGAUCCCAGCGUCGCUCGUCGACGUGUCGAACCCAGGCGUGUUUGUGUUGGGUAGCUCGCUGGGCUUGGCGGAAGCAACGACGGAGGAUGGCAACCAGCAGGUGGCCCUAAACGAGGUUGCAGCGGCCAUCGAGACCGACGCCGACCUCAAAGCGACCGUGGACCACCUGCGGCGCGAGGGUGCGUCCCGUAUGGGCAUGGACCCCGACACGGAGAGUGUGCCCAAAAUUGUGAUCCUCUUCCCGCCAAGCACCGCCGCCGGCGAAACAGCAACAGAUAUUCGUUGUGUCGCGUUGUCCAUGGGCCAGGUGCACAAGGCGGUGCCGCUGACCCUGGCCCUCUGUCUCGGGGCUGCAGCACGUAUCCCGGGUACAUUGGCACAGCAGCUGGUGGCCCAGGCGCAGCAGAACCCGACAAGUGCAAGUGAGGGCGGCAGCGGAACGAUUGUUAUUGGGCAUCCCAGCGGCCGUGUCGAAGUCGGUACCACAUUGGACGAGACGGACGGGACGGUGCUGUCAGCAGAGCUGCAUCGCACGGCGCGCGUCAUGAUGGAGGGCAAGGUCUUCUAUUGA